AUGUCUCGCACCUCCCCAGGCGCUCAUAUGCCUUCCACCAAGGGAAAGAGUCGCAAGUCAUGGGCAGGUUUAUCGCGGUCCAUCGCAGCAUUGAAAGAUAACCCAAACCACGUCAAGGAAUUUAUAUCACCAAGUAGCCGGGACCUGCCCGAUCUUGGUCCGUCCAGUUCUAUUGUCGAAAAGGUAAAUGGCGUUUCACUGCAAACUACUGCAUCUUCUCGUCUUCCCGCGAUUCCUACCACGAACCAGACGAAGACGUCAAUCUCACCAUCAACAACCAUUUCAAAAUCGACGUCAACUUCAUCGCCAACAUCAGUUUCACAGUCAACAUCAACCUCAACAUCGUCUGAAGUCACAAGCACUUCCAAAUCAGCUUUGUCAACCCCUGCAUCACAUCUGUCCCAGAAAGAAGACUCAACGGUUCCCUCCAGUCCCUCCGGAGAUGCUUUGUCACAGGUUGGUCAGCAAGACGGCUUAAGGGACUCCUCCACUGACCCCGAUCCCGCCCGAAACUCUUCUUCCCAAGCUCCCCAACCUGGUGUGGACAGCUCUCUACAGAGCAGCCGUCCAAGCAACCCUCCCCCGAGCAACCCUCCCCCGAGCAACCCUCCCCCGAGCAACCCUCCCCCAGGUACUGUGACCUCUUCAGGCGGCGAGCCUUCUCUAAGUCACCCCCCGAGCGAGCCGUCAUCAGGGAGUGCGUCUCCUCCGGGCAUCGAGCGUUCACCGAGCAACGAAGCCUCGAGCAGCGAGCAACCGGCAAGCAGACCUCCUCUGAGAAAUCAACGUUCGAGUGAUGAGCAACCUCCAAGCCACAGAAACUCUCCAAGCAGCACGGCAAGGAGCACCACAAGCAGCACUCCUCCAGCGGUCAAACCUUCAACAACCGACCCUCCGGCACCUGAGCCUCCAGCACCCGAGCCUCCGGCACCCAACUCUCCGGCGCCUGAGCCUCCAGCACCCGACCCUCCGGCACCCAACUCUCCGGCGCCUGAGCCUCCAGCACCCGACCCUCCGGCAACCGAAACUCCGGCAACCGAAACUCCAGCACCCGAAACUCCGGCAACCGACCCUCCGGCGCCUGAGCCUCCAGCAACCGACCCUCCAGCAACCGACCCUCCAGCAACCGACCCUCCAGCACCCAACCCUCCGGCGCCUGAGCCUCCAGCGACCGAAACUCCGGCAACCGACCCUCCGGCGCCUGAGCCCCCAGCAACCGAAACUCCGGCAACCGACCCUCCGGCAACCGACCCUCCGGCACCCAACCCUCCGGCGCCUGAGCCUCCAGCAACCGAAACUCCGGCAACCGACCCUCCGGCGCCUGAGCCCCCAGCAACCGACCCUCCGGCACCCGGCACCCAACUCUCCGGCGCCUGA